AUGAACCGCCUCAAAGAUAAAGUCUGCAUCGUAACAGGCUCAUCCUCCGGUCUCGGCCGCUCCAUAGCACUGUCGUACUCCUCUGAAGGCGCGCACCUCAUCUGCGCAGACCUCCAACCGCAUCCCCGUCCCGCCAACAUCCAAACAGAAGAAGCCAUUCCCACCGAUGAACUCAUCAGAAAGAACGGUGGCAAGGCAAUAUUCGUCAAGACAGAUGUCACUAAGGUCAAGGAUGUUGAGGAACUGGUAACUCGGGCUGUCAUCCAAUUCGGCAGAAUCGAUGUCUUGGUAAACAACGCAGGAAUUUCUCUGGAAGCGGGCCAGCCUCCUGUACGAAUCCACGAAACAUCCGAAGAGCGCUGGGACAAGACGAUAUCCGUGAAUCUCAAAUCGAUUUUCCUAACAACCAAACACACCAUCGCCCAAAUGCUGAAACAAGACAAGAAUGAGGACGGAGAUCGAGGUUGGAUUAUUAAUAUUUCUUCUAUCCUUGGUGUCGUUGGUGGCUACACCGUUCCUUCAUACGCCGCCUCAAAAGGCGCAGUCACGAAUCUCACCCGUUCUGUGGCGUUGGAUUACGCAAAGGAUGGAAUUCAUUGCAACGCGAUUUGUCCCGGCUACACAGAAACAGCCAUCUUUGCAGACACCAUCAAAAUGCACAGCAAAGAAGACAUCCGUGCAAAACAUCCCUUGCACGGGACAGGUAAACCACAAGACAUCGUCGGCGCAGCUAUAUUCCUCGCUAGUGCAGAAGCAAGAUGGAUUACAGGCGUAAACCUUCCAGUCGACGGUGGAUAUACAGCGCACCAAGUCAAGGUCACGAUCAUUUAA